UUCGAAAAUAUACAUAAAUAAACAACUUUCCAUCCAAAAUUUACAUAGAUGUAUUAUAAAGUAUUAAUGUAGUAAAAAGAAUAAAUAUUAUUUUUUAUUUGUGUUGUGACUGUGCCAAUAAGAAUGUAUAAAGACGUUGAAUUAAGGAAGUUACCUGCGGGCCAUCUGUGUCGUAUCGCUGAUAUAUUAGAAACUAAUAAUGAUUGGAGAAAAGUUAUGUCCCAAAUACCUAAGGACCUGUUAUCUAAAACAUCUGAGCCUAAAUACAACAAUGAACAUAUGAGAUUAAUUGAGGAGCAUGCGAAGCAAACUAACAGGAAAUGUGCAGAAAUACUGUUUGAUGAGUGGGGCACCUCGGGUCGUGUGAGGCCCACCCUCAACACACUUUAUAAUAUGAUAUUGAAAGCUGAAAUAUUUAGGGCCGCUGAUGAAAUAGCUAUUAUCAUGAAAGAAUCACUACCAGUAAGACCUACCGAUGGACCAGCGGCAGUAGUAGAUACCGACAUAACGCUACUUAUCAACGACAUCAGUAUGGAGUACCCCAACUCCAACCAACAGAGACCCAACGGAGUCCUGAACAACGAUAGCACAGCUCAAAUGUUAUCCAGUUCCAACAUUCCAAUAGUUAUCGAAAGUUUAGGCAACAAAACAACAGCACAGGUCAAAUCUGCAUCAGAUCUAAUCAAAUUUUCGCAGCAAUCGUCAAACAUACCGGAUUUCGAUGCUCUGUUACCUCCCUCUCAGUCCGAUCAAGUUUGCUACAACAAUUCACAACCAUCUGCAGCGAACAGUACUGUUCCUGUACUUGAUUAUCUGCCUCCAUUCCCAGCUGUGGAUAUUACCAAAAUCGACACCACUAUACUUAAUAACAGAAGCCUAACUCACUUCGAAUAUAAUGUACUAGCAGUUAUAACUAAUAAGUUUGCUGAGAACCUAACUAAAACAGCUAAAGGUCCUGUAGGAAAGAUUGGGAGUGGUGGCUUCGGAGAUGUCUAUGUUGGCUAUCAUAAGAAGCUGGAUAAGAAUCUGGCAGUUAAAAGAUUUCGCAUGAACUUAAUUUAUGAAAACAGACCUCACGUAGCUGUUAAAAUAUUCAACUCGGAAGUGAAAGCUUUAGCGCAGUUAAGGCAUCACAAUAUCGUACCAAUUAUAGGAUACUCCGCAGACGGGCCGCUGCUCUGCGUUGUCUGCGAAUAUGUAGAUGGAGGCUCGUUGGAGACCAAUCUGGCGGAAAGGAAACUGAAUGAGAAACAUAGGUUCUUAGUGAUGUCAGGGACAGCGGAUGGGUUGAAGUAUAUACACAGGUGCGUGAAGCCGCCAGCCGAAGAUGAUAUAUAUGAGGAGUCAGCCUCAGGCUCAAAGAAGAACUUUCUGCACGGCGACGUGAAGAGUGCAAAUAUUUUGUUAACUUCGGAGUAUGUGCCCAAGCUGUGCGACUUUGGGCUUGCAAAGAAUGUAGAUUCCACCUUCAUCACGUCAUCAUUGAUGGGCACAUCAGCUUACAUGGCACCAGAAGGCUUUAGCGGUACAGUAACCCAGAAAACAGAUAUUUACAGCUAUGGUAUUGUACUCCUCGAGUUGCUAACUGGUCUCCGACCAAUUGUAGUCGAUGAUAAUGAGACGAUCAAUAUAAAAGAUUACGUAGAAGAAAACGCUGUAGAUGGCAACAUCACUAAACUUCUAGACCCAGCGAUGUGUAACUGGCAACAAGCUGAGCAGAUAUACGAGCUUGCUAAGAAAUGUUUGAGUCCACAGAGAAAUGCCAGACCUUCUAUAGAACAAGUCUGUGAUACGUUGUAUAAGAUAAAUCUUGAGUAUUGAAAUUUAUAUACAGGGUUACUCAUCACUACAUAGUAUAAAACAAAGUUGCUGUCGCUGUCUGUCCCUAUGUAUACUUAAAUCUUUAAAACUACUCAACGGAUUUUGAAGCGAAUUUGUUUAAUAGAUAGAGUGAUUCAAGAGGAUGGUUUAUAUGUACAAUACAUGCGUUUUACAGUAUAGAACAAGUCGAGAAAUUAAAAAAUAUGUAAUACAUUCGUGCGAAGCCGGGACGGGCCACUAGUAAAGAAUUUACGAA